AUGGCUGUUCGUAGUACACAAUGUUCAACUGUAGUUUUAAGUUAUCUAUUCUUGAUGUUUCUUGUUUUAUUGAGUACAUUCGAUAACAUUAUAUUGAUUCGUAGUGAAUUGGUAGUUAGUGCUAUCAACUCUCAGCAACACCAACAAACACAGCAGAUUCAACAGAUACAACAACACAGAAAGUAUUACUAUCACUUUCGGUAUAAUGAAACAUCGAGAUCGCCUUCACCUCAGAUGACAGGUUUGUCAAAGAGGCGUGUCGAUAGUGAUGGUGAUAGUGCUGGUAGUGUUGUUGUUGAUUCUGACAAUGUUGUUGAGCAACAGCAACAAGAGCAACAGCAACAACAUAGUGACAGGCAACAUAAACAUGAAAAGUUGAGUGGUAGCAGCAGCAGUAGCAGUAGCAGUAGCAAUAGUAUUAUCAGUAGUGGUAUUAUCAGUAACAUUAACAGUAACAGUGGAAGUAACAAACCAUUGGCUCUGAAACCUCUGAUUCUAUUACAACAGAAUAUUCAACAGCAACAGCAACAGCAACAGCAACAGCAACUACUUGAGAAACAACAACAACAUCAACAAGACAGACACGUAGUUGUCGGCGAGAAGCAACAGCAGCAACAACAACACUCUCAUUCUUCGAUUAAUAGUUUUGUACAUAAAGAUAGAGAUAGAGAGAAUAUCGUUAGUAGUAGUGCUAGUAGAACAUCUGCAGGUGGAAUCAUAUCGUCUAGAAUAGCACAUCAACAAUUGGUUAGACAUAACAGCGAUGAUGAGAAUGAUGAUGAUGAUGACGAUAAUAGUUAUGAUAACAAAGAUGACGACGAUAAUAACAACAUCAUUAAGGAAGUUGUAUCAGAGGAAGUCUAUAUCUAUGAAUACGAUUUCGAUAUUGACAAUGAUCGCAGCAGCAACAACAACAACGACGACAACAGCAAUAAAAACAACGACUAUGACGAGGACGAAGAAGACGAAAACAGCUUUGGUCUAGAGGAAAGAGAGAAUCUCAUUAGACAUCUCGAAGUGUCGUCGUCUACCAUCGAGUUUGGCGUCGGUCACCUCUGUCUCUCACAGAAUCAAACUAUGGACAUAACCAACAGCGAUCCCGAUCGAUCCAUUCAAAUUCUGGCGAUAAGAACUGAUAGUCCACAUUUUGAUUGUGAUUUCCUUUCUAGUUAUAUCACUGAUAUCUAUACCAAUGGUGGAUCAUUCUAUCUAUCAUUGCCAAACAGUAGUACUCAGCAACAACAACAACAACAACAACAACCACCACCACAACAACAACAACCAACUAUGACAAACCAACAACAAACAUCGACAACAACAACAAACAUUCUCUCACUUUUAAAAUCAAAACCAUCAACACAAUCUUCAUCACCAUCAAAAUCAUCAACACAAUCAUCAACCUCAUCAAUAUCGACAUCUUCAAAUUCACAAUCACCAACAACUACCAUUUCUGCAUCAAAUAAUGAUUUAACCAGUAUUUGGGAAAUUCAACCAUAUUCUAAAUCACAUGUAAUCAACUUGUAUUUUAGAUCAUCGUUUUCUGGACAAUUUACCGGUAUUAUCAAUAUUGAGACGAAUGUAGAGAAUAUUCAGGUGCCAACUGAGAUCUUAUCGGUUGGCGACGGAGUUCACGUUUCGCCAUCGGAAAUCGAUUUCGGAUACAUCACAAGCAAAACUGAUUUCAAAUCGGUGACACUCUACUUCCUCAGUGCAAACCACGACCAAGACCUAAGUAUAAUGGAAAUCCACCCGGAAGUUCCCGAUCCAAAUUUGAGAUUUUUUCUACAUUACGAUGUUAUUUCUCCUGGUAAAACUGAAUGCAUCGAUCGGUCAAGUAAUUCAACCGAAUUCCUAUUGCGACCCGAUACUGCUUCAGUUCAAUUCACACAAUGGCAAAGUAAAGUCAAAGCAUGCGUCGCUCCUCGUCGAUACCAACAUCUCAACAUUUGA